AUGAUAUAUUACUUGUUAUUUUUGACAUGGGUAUCGAUAUAUUGUCUAGAUGACGAAGAUUUUAGAAAACAUUACGGCCUGAGUUUCCACAACCAAUGUGGUGAUUAUGUUAAGAGCUUUAAAUGUAUGACUACGUGUAAAAUGAUGGGAUUUCAAAUUUUUCGCAUGAACUAUAAAUGCAAAUGCUCGUGCCAUGAAAUGAAGACUAGUACUGUAUUGCCGUACUUUAAAUGGAGGACCAAUGGUACUACCAAAACAGUCCCCAAAACGCAAAGCCCUCGUCUUUACGACGUGGUUGGUAAAUACACUGAAACUGAAACUGAAACACAAACAGAAACGAAUGUAUCGGAUGCCGAUGUUGUUGUAAACUUCACAUGUCCUACAUUGAGCUAUUCUACAUCAAACAAUACUACAUCAAACUAUACAACAUCAAACUAUACUACAACUAUUUCUUCGGAUGAUGAUAGAGGUAAUGCUACCAGCACUGCAGAUGGCUCUACUCAAGGUGGUGAUACAAAUACCACACCUUCAACUACACUAGCAGCCGAAUAG